AGGCUUAGUGGAGCUGGGUCAUCUCUCAGUUUUGUUAGUGUAUGAGCAGAGAAGGUACAGAGCUUUUCCAUAUUUUAUGUGUUUAUUGCUGGGAAACAAUUUAAAUGGGAUUAACAACUUCAGUGUCCAUCGUAAUAGCAAAGGAUGAUGCCAAGUCUGAGCCCACAUUUACCAGUUCCAAGUCCAUCCUACUCUCAGGUGAGGGAGAACCUGGUGAGAGCCAUCCCACCCAAGCUCCUCUGUCUGCUGGCCUGUGGAGGAAAAGAUUGUCGCUAUGAGGGACCAGAAUGCUGGAAAUCAAACCAACAAGUCAUUCGAGGCAUUUUUUCCUCCUGGGUGACGGAUGAAAUUAUAGCAAUGGCUCGUCCAUCCAAUUAUCUAAUCAAGAAGUACAAUAUCAUAGAGCAAUUUCAGAGGUUGAAGAUUAAGUCGAUCAUCAACACGCAACUUCCAGGAGAGCAUGCUCAUUGUGGACCUCCACUAGACCUUGAGAGUGGUUUCACAUACUCUCCGCAGACCUUCAUGGAAAAUAAAAUUUACUUUUACAACUUUGGGAUGCCAGAUUUUGGAGUGUCGUCUCUUGUUGGAAUCAUCGAUGGGGUGAAGGUUUUGGCCUUUGCAGUGAAGGAAGGACGUGUAGCUGUUCACUGUCAUGCUGGCCUGGGCAGGACAGGUGUCCUCAUAGCCUGUUACCUUAUCUACACCCUGCGUAUAAGUCCCAGUGAGGCAGUCCACUAUGUUCGCAUUAAAAGGCCCCGUUCUAUCCAGACCCGGUCACAGAUAAACCAGGUGUUUGACUUCGCUCGCCUGCUCGGCACGCAGCUCGCUCAGUAUCCAGACCUCAGCCUGCGCCACGGAGCCCCUUUUACCCUCCAGCAUUAUUUAAACCGACAAGCUCUGCUGCUUCAUGGCCAGGAGGCGCGAAGACUCAGACAUACUCCCAAGGUGCUGUACCUCCUAUGUGUGCGCCUCUCCUGUCUGGCUCUGGGUCUGUCUUCUCCUCCAGAGGUCCAUGCUGAGCUGGAGAAGAGAACAGCUUUGAGGGCUCUGAGCAGAGCUGUGAGAGAGACUCUUGUGUCCAGGCAGUACUUGCCUUUGUUAAAUGAAGGCCGUAAAGGCUCUUGGACCGGCUCAGGGUCAGUGUCCUCCUGGGAUGAGCCUCUGGGGUUUUUAGAGAGGAAGCGUGAGUGUUUGCUGGAUAAACGCAGCUACAGUGAAUCCGAUGUUACCAGGAUCAGAGUUUAUGAGGACCAGGAGCCAAGCUCGUAUUGCAAUACAGCAUUUGGAGAUGAGAAGCACUGGUGCUUGCAGGAUCUGAUGUGGGAUGAUUCCAGAGUAGUUAAUCCAGUUUUUGGCACAUCACUGUAUCCCAAAAAAGAAUUUUGCAUGUCCAACACCGAGGUGACAAACUUGAGAACAAGUAACAACAGCAUCAAAAUGUUUAAAAGCUCAAAUAAAAAAGAUUUUCUAAAAUGCAGCUCCAACCUGGAGUUACACAGAAACCUACACAUCCCUGGCCCAACAUCGAUGGCCCGAGCGGUAGCCAAAGCAAUGGCAGAACAAGGUCCUCCAGGUGAAACUGUUCUGCAGAGGUCAGCUCUGCUGCAGGAGGAACUAAACAGCAGUGAAUGCGGCUGGGCCCUGCUGGUCACCGAGUCAGAUCCUCAUGUCCUUUCUUGUCUCUUGUGGACCUGGUUGGAAAGGUUAAGGGACCCUGUUUUGUCCAGUGAGGAUAUAGAAAAGUUAAAAAUGGGAAAGAACAAAAAGCCUCUCAGCGUCCUCAAGAAGCCACAAAGGCACACAAUCUAUUGUCUGUUGAAUUGUGUGAGCACAGUGUUCAGCCUUUGUCCACACAGAGAGGAUGCUGUCCUGCAUCGUCUUGCGUGUGCACUAACAAGGCGUCCUCAAGAGGAAUAUGGAGUCCUAAAUCCCUUGAUUAAAGUCCUGAAGGCCAGUUUGACAGAAAGCUUCCACACCCACAGACACAUUACGAGGGCCUGCAGCAUCAACGCUACCCUUUGAGACCUUUAAAUUUCAUCUGGGUCCACAAAAGCAAUUAAGAAAAUAUUUCUGUAAAACAACUGAAUAAAGAUGUGAAUUUCAUAUAAUUUACUUGGUUGUACAUUGUCACUGUCUAUGAAUUUAAAGGAAACUACUGUACUUGAGAAAUCAAUAAUGUUUUAUACCUAAAAAAACCACACUACUUAUUUUGGGGAGGGGUUAGAGCAGCUUUUAAAGUAAAAUAUAGUAAUCAUGUCUUUAUUGUGAAGGCUAUAAUAAAGUAUGGAAAUACAGAAAUCCUUACAAAGAAGUUUUUAUUAAAGGAUACCAGACACAGCAAGAAUGUUAUACUU